AUGAUCCCAUGGGUCACCUUCUGGGGGAACCCACAGGAACCUGACUGGCGAGUCGAUCUGCACGCCGAAAACUUAUACUACUAUGUCGAAAAAGGCCCAACUCAAAUCGUGCGCUACCGGGAUUCCCCAAUGCUUUGGUCGGCGGAUGAACGACAAUAUGCCAUUUCUCAACUCGGGACCAAAAGUAUUGGUUACGAAAGUGAGCACAUUGCCGGGUUACGGGAAACCCUUCAGUGGCUCGAGAAUCAUUUUGCAGCCCACUCAACGCAAGAAUCCUGUCGCCCGACCUCGCCUCACUCCGAAUAUCUGAGAGAUCUCCCGAGUCCGGCGGACCACUACAGUCCCUUGCCGCCACUUGACAUAGAUGACGAGCCUCGUUCUGCAACGUCGACGCCCUCGCCAAUCAUAGAACAGGAAAGGUCCUCACGGUCUCCCUUGGCUUUACAGGAGCUUAUGAAUCCCGCACCACUUACCCCCUCGAGCCUGAAGAGAAAAUCGUCUGAUGAACUUCUGCCAACUAUCCUUGCCGAUGACGAGGUUGAACAGGUCCCUGAUCUCGAAGUCAGUCUCCCGUUUCACGCCCACACUCUGAAAUACCCUCGAGCAGGUCAUUUCAUAGGCAACCCAGCAGGUACUCGGACACGCCGAGGCGUGAGAAUGCGACGAGCACGAUCAGGUCAACGGCACCAUUCAUCGCAAGAUCCCCUUGAGACGGAGCAAUUCGAGAAGGAUGGCCAACUACUUCUCAACUUGGCCCAAGGCCCCAGGUCUCUAGGAAACCCAACUUGA